CAUAUUGGAAAGCUUCAUAGUUUCACUUUGAGUUUCUCUGAAUAACAUUAGUCGAAGUUAAUGUCAGAGGCGUCGGGCCAUAGAAUAAAAGACGUCAUACUACAGCGUAUUUGUGGGUGGAUCUUUUACCGCUGAGACUAUAGCAAUUCUCAGGACUGCAAUCAAAGCGAAGGGGGCGUACGUAGUUCUGGAAGUCGAAGUAACCCGACAACAGAAGAGAAAACUGUCAUCGUUUGUUCUCGUCAAGUGCAAGAGACAGAAAUUCCACUGUUGACAACACAUCUGGUCCCCAUGAUCAGUCUUGAAAGCAUUUAAGAAAUUCACCAACAAUGGACUCGAAAGAGGGCACCGAUACAAAUAAUGCCAGUUCGAGCCACGGAAUGUCAGCUAACCACCACGUGUGGCAAGACUCUUCUUCACCAGCUGGACACAGACAACAUGUAUUACCACAAGAAUAUGGGCAACAAACUUUAGGAGCUACUGCUCAAAUCUCCAGUCCAUUACACCAAGUACAGUUAAAUACAGGCUUCAGUACUGCCUGCCAGACACAUGGGGCUACUUCCUGGAGCAGCCCACCGCCUUAUGAAAGUUUAGACCAAGGUCAUUCCGUGCCAAGGCACCAUGUUACUGCCCCACGAAAUGCCCAUAACAUGCCUAGCCCAUUGUCAGCACAGGAAAUCCAUCCCCUUUACUCUGGGACUCAAGGUGGCAACCUUGGCUCUCCUUACGAAACCAGAGACAGACAUGAACAUGAGGAGGGUGAGACCAAUAAAGAGGAACGUACACUUGAGGUACGAGGGUUCAACUGCGCAACGUCAGAAGAAACCAUUUGUAUGUUCUUUGAAAGUGAAAAGCGAUCCGGAGGGGGUGAAAUUGAAAGCUGUUAUGUGAAUCGUGAUGACAUGGUUAUCACGCUGGUUUUCAAGACAAAGAAAGUUGCUGAGAGGGUGCUGAAAAGACAAGAUUUGACAUUGGCAGGUGCUACUUUAGAAAUCAGCAAGCCUGUGCCAAAGACAGGAAAUGUCCUCGAAUGUAACACGGUAAUGGUUAUUGGCGUGAAACCGGAGAUGUCAGACGAGACAUUGGAGAUGUUCUUUGAGCAGGAAAAGAGAAGCGGUGGAGGACUUAUUAAGGAAAUGAGAAGAGAGUUUGAAAAAAAUCGCAUUUUUAUCGUCUUUGAUGAUGUAACAGUUGCCUCUCGAGUAGUGGACAGGGGAACAUUUACACUGGAGGGAAGAGAGUUAAAGGCGGUCUGGCGAGAGAACGAGGAAGAUUCGACUGGCAUAGAAACAACACAAGUUUCAGCCACGAUAGAAGUACAUGGGAUAAGGGCAGAGACUUCAGACGAGACGAUUGAAAUGUUUUUUGAAAACAUGAAACGGUCGGGUGGUGGUGAUAUACAGCGGCUAGAGAGAAACCUGGAAAAGGGCGUUGUCUGGAUCACUUUCUGUGACCCAUCUGUUGCUUCACGUGUUCUUGGAAAGAGGGACAUUCUCUUUGAGGGUGCCCAGUUACAAGUAUGCAUGCCUAAGCCCCAGCAAAAAGAAGAGCCUUCUCACAUUGUCGAAGUCCACGGUGUCAAACAGGAGACAUCCACAGACACCGCUGAAAUGUUUUUCGAAAAUGAACGAAAAUCAGGUGGCGGAGAUAUUGAGCACAUAGAAAGGGAUGCUACUACAGGCGUUAUCAAAAUUACUUAUGCAGAUUCCAAAAUUGCCGAACGUGUCCUAGCCCAAGAAAACCUGAUUCUCGAGGGUGCACAAAUACGUGUCUGUCGGCCCCAGCCAGAUAAAGCAGAUGACACAGCUGGCAACAUAAUGCAGGAAGAUAGCAUGGUUAUCAAUGCAAUAGUGGUUCAUGGAAUACAUCAGACAACAUCUGAUGACACAAUUGAGCUGUUUUUUGAAAACAAACGAAAAUCUGGAGGUGGUGAUAUUGCAGAAUUGGAAAGGAAUCCCUUGACAGGAGAUGUGACAAUCACCUUUGUAGAUCCAGAAGUUGCUGACAGAGUAUUAGAAAGAGGUCUCCUCAAACUUGAAGGAGCCACACUGACCAUAUGCAGGCUGACACCACCAGAACCAGUCAGGUCCGUAGAAAUUCGCGGCUUUCAUCAAAACACCUCAGAUGACAGCUUAGAGAUGUUGUUUGAAAGUAAAAAACGCAGUGGUGGCGGUGAGAUUGAGGACAUCAACAUUGAUAGAGCAUCUGGUGUUGCUGUUAUUACCUAUAAAGACCAUGAAGUUGCUGCACGUGUCAUUCAGCACGGGGAGUCUCCUGGGACGAUACUAGAUGGAAACAGGCUCCACGUGGAAUGGCCCUGUGAAAAGAGUGCUCCUUCAGCUAUAGGAGGGACAAGAAGUGAAGACAACCAAGUGGAAACACCUAAACUUGACACCAUCAGAGUACGUGGUUUUCACCAAGAGAGCACGACUGAGAGCUUGACACUUUUCUUUGAGAACAGAAAACGUUCAGGUGGUGGUCCCGUUCAGAAUAUAACAAUGAAUGAAGAUAAAACUGAGGCCCUGAUAACAUUUCCGGAUCCUGAAGUUGUGAACAGGAUAUUACAGAAGUGGGAACAGACUGGACUGACAUUAGAUAAAAGUAGUCUAGACAUAGCAGCAGUUCAGCCCCCUCCUCCUGUCACAUAUGACUUGCAGAAGGUCUGUUUCAAGAAGGUGGGCGUAAAUGUAACAACAGACCUCCUAGAAAAUUUCAUCGAGGCAAAAACCAGCUACAGUGUUGAGAACAUUACUUUUGGGGCUAUCCCUGGGACUGUCCUAGUUGCAUUAAGUGAACCAAUAACAGACUUUGAUAACUUUAAAGCCAAUUGCUCGAAAAAGAAACUUGAAGGAAGUAAUCUUGUCGUGGAAAGAGUUCCCCUUACAACUAGUAUCCAGGUUCACAAACUUCCUCAAAAUAUCACAGAGGAUGCGCUCGAGAAUUAUUUUGAGAACGAGAAGAAAAGUGGUGGUGGUGGAGUCAGUGUGGUUCAUAUGGCUUCAGAUUCAGCCUCCGCCAUCGUGACUUUUGAUAACCCAGAAGUUGUAGACAGAGUUUUAAAAAAGAAGCACAUAUUGAACAAGACCCAUGUAAAGGUAUCCAUAUACCAUGAGUGCCUUGGGAUUCUUCCCCCUGGACAUGACCCGAGCAAACCCUAUUUACCUCUACCCAAACCAAUUCAAUUGGAAAAUGUUGAAUACGGAUUGGUAGAGUUCAUCAAAGGCAUUAAAAGACAUCGUUCUGCGGCUGAACAAGCGUUUGCUGAUGUGAGUGCCCGCAUACAAUGGCCUCAGAAUCCAGCAUCAAUGCCCAGUGUCACCUGUGCGCUAUCUCAACAGUCUCCAAAUUAUAGAGAAGCUGCAGAAACAUGGGAAAGGAAUGUGAGGGAAGUUAUGAAUAAGAUUUUCAAGGAAGAGUUUGUGUACAAAGAGUUUUCCACUCUUCAGGCAAUAUGGGAGAAAACCAACCAAGCUCUCUCAUUGCUACCGAAUCCAGAAAACGACAAUUAUCGUCUGCAAACUGAAGACCAGACCUGUGCCAUACGAGUGAUGGGGGAGGCUGGUAUAGCCAAUGAGGUGAUUCAGAAAAUUACACAGAUACAGAAACAACUUGAUGAGCAGAUGCGACGAGAUGCGUUGGUUGUGAAGGAAAAGAAAACUCUGAAGCCAUUUCAACUUCGGUACCUAUUGGCAAUACAGUACAAAAAGAUUGCUAAACAGAUGUUCCCCGAUAUGAACAUCAGUAUCGAUCAGGAAGGUAGGAUGCUUCAUCUAAAAGGCAUGCCAGAUGACGUAAACAAAGCUAUGAUAGAUGUUUAUGAAAGAAUAAACGCCCUACUACACCAGACCUUCAAGUUGCCUCCAGCAUCCAUUCUGUUAAUGGAAACCAAAGAAUGCCGAGAACAUCUUGUGGAUCUGUUCCGACGGGAAAGUUUGUUUGCAGUUUGGGUUGUCAGAAAUGAUGAGGUUUCAGUACAUGCAACAAAACAAGACGAGAUCACUCAUGCUUGUCAGAUCAUCAAGCAAAACAUAAUUGAAACCCCGGUUUCAAUCAAAGAUGGUAGCCAGGGGAUUUUGAACACAGAAAAGUGGCACGCAACAGUCGGUCAGCAAGAAAAGUUGUAUUCUGGGUUGUGUAAAAUUAUACCCAAAGCAGACAAUAGUUCCGUAACUAUUGUGGCUGUGAAAAGUGUAUCUGGCAACGUUCUAGAAUGUGUUUCUGAUUUCCUUACCUUCAACACAGUGGUUGAAGAAUUUAUGAAAAUGGAAAGAGGAAAAGUAACAUUUCUUGUAGAGCGAAGGUUAAACAGAUUAAGAGAGAUUGAGAAGGAAAAUGCGGAAAACCAAGUGAAAAUAAAAUGCGGAAAGCCCGGAAAGAGCACCGGAUUUCUUGUACAAGGGAAUCAGCCCGGAAUCAUCGCCACAACUCAAAAACUACGCGACCUCUGCCUGAAAAUCAAGUCUGAAAUUAAAGAAAUAAAUAAACCGGGGAUGCCAAAGUAUAUACUCUCCCAACGAGGAAAGGACUUUCUAGAAAACGUGGAGACAAAACACGACUGUACAAUUGAUGUCCCGUCAAGUUCUGGGCCAGCCGAGGAGGAUGGUGACUUUGUGAUCGUUGACAGUUCAGACAUAAACCAGAAAGUGGUGGCUCACAUUAAGACACCAGAGAAUUGUGUAGUGGCCAUUCAUAGAGAUGAUCUUACGAAGCAACAUGUGGAUGUAAUAGUUAAUGCUGCAAACAGAGACAUGUCCCACAUUGGAGGUUUAGCCAAAGCAAUCGUGGAUGCAGGUGGUCGGAAAAUCCAAGACGAAUGUUAUGCCUAUACCGGGAAGCAUGGAGCCCUUCUUGAUGGACAAGUGUUCGCCUCUUCGGCAGGCAAACUGCCCUGCAAGAAAAUCCUGCAUGCUGUUGGUCCAAUAUGGCGUGGAGGAAGCAAUAAUGAAGAGAACCUUCUAUACGAGGCAGUGUACAACUGUCUGGAUGAAGCAACAAAAAUGAAAUUCGAAUCCAUCUCUUUUCCAGCACUUAGUGCUGGAGUCUAUCGAUUCCCAAUUGAUAAAUGCUCAGAAGUUAUUCUUGAAGCUAUAAGGGACUUUUUGAAGAACUCCUCAUCAUCUGUAACAGAGGUUCGAAUUGUGUCACUGGAGGAACGCGUACUUACGGCAUUUCAGCGAGCUCUACACGGAAUUUUUCAGACUGGCAGUUUUAGAACAGAAGAGGGAGCAAGCUACGAUGGUGGGUAUGGAAGAGUCUCAACAUCGGUAGGAGCAGAAGAGCACUCACAAUUUACUGGUCUGGAGACACAGUCCUGUAGUUCAUACUUACCCACUACUGAUCCCCUGACUAUGAACACAAGGGAGGGACUCCUGGUUUCACUCAGAAAGGCAGUUCUUGCACAGGAAAUGGCAGAUAUCAUUGUGAACACUACUAGCAGGGAUCUGAAGUUGGCGAACGGUGCUGUAUCAAGGUCUUUGCUGUCUGCUGGGGGAAACGUUUUACAGGUCGAAUGUGAUCAGCAGGCACCAAAUGGACUUCAGUUUGGCGACAUUGUUGAAACUUCUGGCGGCAAUUUGAAGUGCAAACGCGUGUUUCAUGGAAGCUGUCUGAAUUGGAGUGCAUCUGGCUCUGAGGAGUGUCUUCGUAAAUUGGUGAAGACAUGCCUUUUUACUGCCGAUAAAGGCAACUACACUUCAAUCGCCAUACCAGCAAUUGGCACCGGCAACUUGGGCUUCCCAAAAGAUGUUGUGGCAAGAGUGAUGUAUGAAGAAAUAGCCAAAUUUAGCACAAGUAAACCCGAGACAACUCUCAGAGAAGUGCGUCUUGUGGUGUAUGAUAAAGAUCACGCCACCCUUGCUGCUUUUAAGGAUGAGAUCAGACAGUUGAAGAGAGGAAGAGGACGUAAGCCCAGAAGACGUGGAAAAGAGAGCAAUGAAGAUAUUUCCUCUGAGCGAAGCGGACAUUCCACUUCUAGACGGAAAGCGAAUGGUGGCAGCACAUUCCGAAGUAUGGCCAGUGGUGGUGGUAGACUGCAACAGGCGGCAAUGGUAGGGUAUAUCACGCUUCAAAUCCAGCAGGGGGAUAUAACUGAGGAACACACCGACGCCAUUGUGAACUGCACCAACGAUGAACUGGACUUAAGUAGAGGUGCUGUUUCGAACGCCAUUGUGAAAAAGGGUGGACGCAGUAUUGUUCAAGAGUGUGCUGGACAGAAACAUCCAAGGUCGGGUAUUGUGGUCACAACAGCUGGUGAUCUUCCUUCAAAGUAUAUAAUACAUUUGGUCAUGCCAGUACAGUUUUUUGGCAGUCCUUGGAAGAAAGCGAUUACAAAGUGUCUUGAGAGGGCAGAGGAUAUGGAAAUGGCAUCUAUUUGCUUCCCGGCUCUUGGAACAGGCGCAGGUUGUGACCCAAAAGACGUAGCAAAAGGCAUGCUGGAUGCCAUAGCUGACUUCGACAGAGCGCGGAAAUCGCAAAACCUACUCCUUGUAAGAAUAACCAUAUUCCAGGCUAGCAUGGUGGAUGUAUUUCAUAAGGAAAUGGCCAAAAGAGUUGUGGACAAGAGUAAGGGACUGUAUCGGGCUAUAACCGAUUACAUAUCAGACACCGUCAGUUCUUGGUCAGCCUUUGGCAGUUCCGGUAAUGGAGCCAGAAGUAAAAGCACAACUAGAGAACCCACGUCUCUUGUUCUCACAGUUUAUGCGGACAAGAAAGACAACAUUGAUAAUGCUAUAAAAAAAAUCGAUGAGUUAUGUGAAUCUGAGUCCAAAGAUAAGGUGCUUCAGGGGCCAAAUUAUGAGACAGCGUUGGAACUACUCGCUGAAGAAGACGUUGAGGAAAUUAAAUCCCUAGAAGGAAAAUAUGACGUUAAGAUCACGGUUGAACUGAAGCCACGCCUGAAACGCAUCCGCAUCCAAGGUAGUUCAGAGGACAUUAUCGCAGUAACGGAGGACAUUAACAGCGUGUUUCGAGAAGUUCUUCUUGCAGAUAGCAAAAAAAGACAGGCAGCCAUGCUUGCGAAGACUGUUCAGUGGUGCUACCUAGAUAUUGAUGGCAGCGGCAAAGAAAGUUUUCAACCAUAUUCGGAUAAUAUUAAUGCAACCAUCGAGGAUGCUCACUCAUCUGGAGAAAAUUUUGUCAAUUUCACCGAUGAAAACAACGAAAAGUGUCGAAUUGAUUUUAAAAGGAUGAAAGAAAUUUGCACGACGGACAGAAUGGAAACUGAUGUCAAGCGACUGGACUUCACAAAAAGAGAGAUCGAUUUGCCCUCCACGUGGACCACAGUGCCUAAAGACACCUCAUAUAUCGCCGUAGACUUAAACCCUUCCGACCAAGAGUACACGAGCGUAGAUCAGCUGUUGAGACAAACAAUAGGAGGUACCCUAAAACAAAUAAUUAAGGUUCAGCGGAUUCAAAACCCAAGUAUGUUCCAGAAAUAUUCCGUUCAGAAAGCUCACAUGGAAGCAACAGCCAAGGCGGGGACUAUUGUAGAACGUGUGUUGUGGCACGGCACCAGUGAAGAUACCCUCCCUAGUAUUAAUAAAUAUGGCUUCAACCGAAGCUAUUGCGGGAAAAACGCAACUGUCUUUGGAAAUGGCGUGUACUUUGCGGUGAAUGCAUCUUACAGCGCACAAAAUACCUACGCGCGGCCAAAUGCCAAUGGCUAUAAGCACCUGUAUCUAUGCCGCGUGCUUACUGGAGAAUAUGUACAAGGUAAGAGUGGCCUGAUCGUCCCUCCACAGAAGGAUCCAAAUGACAAGCACAGCCUCUACGAUUCAGUUGUUGACAAUCCAUCUGCUCCAACCAUGUUCGUGAUUUUCUCCGAUACACAGGCUUACCCCGAGUUCCUUGUCAUAUUCCAGUAAUACAGAGCGACGGUGACCAUAACUUUUGAUAAAACAAUGUCAGCCUUGUACUGUAGUUUGUUAUUAACGUGAUGAAUGCUAUGCCUUAUCGAGUUAUGCUUAUUAACAUUUAGGGGACGAACUUACAGCUUUAGGUUCAUAAAUCACAUGAGGUAUGGAUAACACCCCAUUUCCAUAGAUUAGAUCGACCUACUUUAGAUCGACCUAACUCCCUGGGGGUUCACGCUAAAUAGCU